AUGGCGAAUUGUUUAAUGGCCAAACCGUGUCAAAAUUGUGACGAGGAUGGAGAAUAUCUUGUAAGUUUUGGAGUAAUCUCUCUAAAUAUGUGCGACAAGCAAAAAGCUCAAUUAUAUGAAGAAGUUCUCAUUGUGAUCACAUGGGAUGGAAAUGUUAUAAAACUAAUGAAGGAGGAUAUGGAAACAGAAGGUUUUCAACAGACCGUAAAGUUUCUUAUUCAUUCAUCAUCUCUAAAUUUAUCAAAAAAAUUAAAAUAUUGCCCAAUCAUGAUUGACAUUUCAAGAGGCUGUGUCGAACUGGGUACAAACAAAUUGACUGUCACUGAUUGCUUUUCUAGCGCUAUUAUUUGCGAUGAAUUUAACUCCCAAACUGUUGUUGAUGUAUUAAAUUUUAUUAAAGAUGAUGAGAUGAAUGCUACCAUGAAUUUAUAUUUUCGGGUACAAAAACUUUUCGACGAUGGAAGUGCGGGGAUUUACAAUUCAUUGAACACUGAGAUGAAAAAAUAUGCUAAAAAACGUCUUCAAACCAAUGGUCUUGACGACCUGGAGAUUUCAAACUCAGAAAGUGAACUUUGCAAAGAUUUUACCUGCUUUGAAGAGCUCCCAAAUCACUGUAGGGAAAAUCUUGGCCUAGGUGAAAAUAUUUACAGAAUUAUCAAUGGAAAUCUAAUAAACAUCAAAAAUUCUAUCGCACCUUGUGGCGAAAGUUGUCCUGUUGCUCGUAAAUACAUUAAGGAAUUUUGCAAAUCAAAUUUGAAAGAUGACAAAACUCCAUUAUCAACAAAAAAAUCCUUUAAAGAUGAAAGUUGUUCGAAACUUUUCGAUCAUUUAGAUUGUAAAUGCCCGGAGAAAUGUCAGCAGCUGUCAAAACGUUUUUGUGAAGAUUGUGGUGGGCUUUUAAAAUCUUCAAAGUCGACAAAUAAAUGCUUAAAACAACAAUCUUCAAAUGUUGAAACAUCAUAUAAGAAGAAUUGGAUUGAUAGGAAUAUUCAGGAAGAAGAUAUUCUUGAAAAGCUGUGUGGAAAACAUGGCAUAAAUGUUGAUGAAAUCAGAGACAUUGGACAGAAGAAUGAAUGUCCAGUAAAAAUCAAUAAAUGUAGAAAGAAAAAGAAGAAAACAAAAAAGUUUGAAGUUACAAAGCAAGAAAUUGAUGAUUGCAAAUUGAAAGAAACAAAUCCAUCGAAUCGUACUCAAUUCAUCAAGAAGAUGAAACGAAAAUCUUUUGGAGUUUAUUCGUACAGUUUUGGUGAAACUUUUCCGCAGCAUCGAUCAUGUUUGAACAUUGAACAAGGAAGUGGUGAUGCAUCACUUGUUCCAAAGUACUUGGGAUUGCGUUGGAACUCGGAAAUAGAAGGAAACAAAGGUAAAAAGUGGUCUCCAGGUCAAAUCAAUAGAACUGUUCGAUGUUUGAUGAAACAUUUUUUGAAUCCUUUUCCCUACGAUACAAUUCCGUUGACCCGUCGCAACAAAAGUGGAAGAGUUGAGAAAAUUUGUACAGCAUCAAAUCCAAAGCCUAAUCCUGAUUAUAUUCAACAACCUACUCUGAAGAUACAAAAACGAAAUGGAGAAUAUUUUGUUGCAAUGAAACCCUUGAAGGAAAGAGAAAAGUUAAAUAUUGAUUGUAAUCCUUACCUUAAUUGUUCCCCAUUGUUGGUCAAUAUCAAAAAACAUCCUGAAGAUGUGAAAAAACAUCGUGCAAAAAAAAUUUUACUUGAAAAAGGUUUCGGAAAGAAAUGUUCAUGUCGAUGUCUGAAAUACUGUCGCUGUGUGAAUGAACGAACAAAAAGAAUUUUAACAAUCGAAAUGAAAAAAGUUUCGACCCAAAUGAACUUGGAAAAAGAAUUGGAAUACGCUGAUUUGGAAGAGUCUAGUGACAGUGAAAUGGAAAUCGAAUUCACUACACCAUCAGCAUCAGUUGAUUACAGAAAAUGUCAACCCGAUGUUGUUCACUGUGAUACGCAAUAUUUGAUCAAAGAUUUCAAUCCACCGACACUGGCAGAUAUUCAUAAACAGAAAUUGAAAGCUCUCAAAGCUGAAAAAUGUAAAGAAAAACGUAAGACUGAACCACCUGUUGACGUGAAAGCACGGAAACCAAAGUAA